AUGGGGGGGUCGCCGCCCCUGACGGCCCGCUCGCCCGCACGCAAGCGCGCCCGAGCCGGCGAGGACGGCGAAUCGGACGGCGGGGCUGUGGCGGUCGCGGAUGGCUUCGAGGCGCCCGUCUUUGGCGCGCGCGUCCCUUCGGCCAGUGAUCGCGCGGACGCUUGGUACGUCACCACUGCUGACUCAGUGCUGCACGUCUCUGCGGCCGGGCGCGUGCGCAGCGUGGCAACCCUGGAAGGCGCCGGCCUCCGCGGCAUCGCCGUCAGCCCGGACGGCAGCGCUCUGUUUGUGGCGGACUUUGACGGCCGCAAGAUCCUACAGGUGGAGGCUGCGACUGGCGCGGUGACCACUCUUGCGGGCAGUGGCACUCGCGGCAGCGCUGAUGGGGUGGGCGGCGCGGCGCACCCGGACGGCAGCGCGCUGUUUGUGACAGACUUCGGCAACCACAAGAUCCGGCGGGUGGAGGUGGGGACUGGCGCGGUGACCACGCUUCCCAGGCAGCGCUCUCUGUUUGUUGCUGACUUCGGCGGCGACAAGAUCCGGCGGGUGGAGGUGGCGACGGGCGCGGUGACCACGGUGGCGGGCAGCGUAUAA